GCGGACGACGCCACCCACCGUCACAGAAAUCGAAAUGCCGCGCCAACAGGAUUCUGCUCGAAACGGCAAGUGUGCGGCCGCAGUAAACAUGCCGAUGGCGCUCCACGUCACUCCGCACAACCCUGUCGACUGGCGGCGGAGCCUCUACUACUUCCUCCCGAGGUCCGCAGCCUUCGCCUGCGCCUUCCAUGGAACUCCUCCCGCUCGCUUCAAUCCGCCGUCGCGCAUCGAUCGUCGGAAUCGGACGAUAGUCUUCUUCGAGACCAACCCCCUCGGUAGCCUGAACGAGCCUCGAGGAGACCGGUGCUUCCUUCUUCCGGAGCAUCGCGAGUUUUGAGGUUGGAGCCGAUGGAUCCCUCGAGCGAUUCGCGCUUCAAGGUGAUCACCGGCGAUGCCGGUUACGUGCUCGAAGACGUGCCUCACCUGUCUGAUUACAUCGCCGGCAUUUCGACAUAUCCCAAUCCAUUACAGUCCAACCCUGCAUAUUCAGCGGUCAAGCAAUACUUUGUGAACGUGGAUGACACUGUUACUCAAACUAUCGUUGUUCACAAGAGCAGUCCAAGAGGGACUCAUUUUCGACGUGCUGGUCCUCGCCAAAGGGUGUACUUUGAAUCAGAUGAAGUGCAUGCAUGUAUUGUGACAUGCGGGGGACUUUGCCCGGGGGUGAACACGGUGAUCAGGGAACUUGUGUGUGGCCUUUACCACAUGUAUGGUGUCAGCAAAGUGCUGGGAGUGGAGGGAGGGUGCAAAGGUUUCUAUUCUAGAGAUUACAUUAAUUUAACACCCAAAGUGGUCAAUAACAUACAUAAACGUGGAGGUACCAUCCUAGGGACGUCACGAGGUGGCUAUGAUACCCAAAAGAUAGUUGAUAGCAUUCAGAAUCGUGGUGUUAAUCAGGUUUAUAUCAUUGGAGGUGAUGGAGCUCAAAAAGCAGCGGAAUUAGUUUAUGAGGAAGUUAGACGGCGUGGCCUCAAAGUAGCUGUUGCUGGGAUCCCCAAAACCAUAGACAAUGACAUCCCGGUCAUUGACAAAUCGUUUGGAUUUGAUACUACUGUUGAGGAGGCUCAGCGUGCGAUUAAAGCUGCUCAUGUGGAAGCUGAAAGUUGUGAUAAUGGUAUCGGAGUGGUGAAAUUAAUAGGACGUCAAAGUGGUUUUAUUGCUAUGUAUGCUACUCUAGCCAGCAGAGAUGUGGAUUGUUGCCUCAUUCCAGAGUCACCGUUUUUUCUUGAAGGAAAAGGUGGUCUUUUGGAAUAUAUUAAGAAAAGGCUUCAAGAAAAUGGACACAUGGUUAUUGUGAUAGCUGAAGGAGCAGCAGAGGGCUUAAUCCUGAAGAACCAGAAGACCAGAAUUCAGCUAGAGGGUUUAGGAAGCAAGCUAUGUAGUGAUUUUGGUUUAUGGAUAUCUCAGAGAAUAAAGGAUCAUUUUGCGGCUCAGGACAUUAUGCCUAUUAACCUCAAAUUCAUAGAUCCUACCUACAUGAUCCGGGCUGUUCCAAGCAAUGCAUCUGACAAUGUUUACUGCACACUUUUAGCACACAGUGCAAUUCAUGGAGCAAUGGCCGGAUAUGCGGGCUUCACCGUCGGACCCGUCAAUGGGAAACAUGCUUACAUUCCUUUCAAUCGUGUGACUGAGGCGCAGAAGAAGGUUGUCAUAACCGACAGGAUGUGGGCAAGACUGCUUUCUUCGACCAACCAGCCCAGCUUCCUGGGUUCUAGAGAUGUUGAAGCCAAGAAUGAGGAAGAGCCAUCAACACCGUUGCUGGAUGGAGAGAACUCUAAAGAUGAAACUGGCACUAAUGACGUUGCCACCGUUCUGUAACCCGUAUAUGGCAGGUUGGCUUCCUUUGCCUCCUGCAACUAUAUGCUGUGCAUCAUAUGUUGAAGUUAUGUAUGUCUUGUAUAUAUGACUUAUGUCCUACAUUCUCAUAAACACGGAGUAUGUGGAUUGCGUUUCUACUCUGGGAUAUAGUAAAGCAUAACUAGUGCUGUUGCUCGAA